AUGAAGACAAAGAGACACAGUAAACCACGCUUCCCCUUCCCUGCCGUGAUGAUCUUCUCUUUGUGUUUGCAAACAAGCGCAAACCAAACCCAUCAUCCCGGGGUCACAAAUGGAACCUGGAAUCCUACCAGCCACAACCUAACUGGAAGCCAGAACACAACAGAAGCCCACACAAAUUCUCCUCUAAGCAUCGAUUUCAACAGCAAAAUGACUGCUUCCGAAAUGCAGACAAGUACCCUGCAACCCUUCCCUCCAACAACGGCCCAGAACCCAACACCGUCCCCCACCCGAAGGGCUGCUCCUGCCACCGCAGGACCCAGGAACAGCAGCAAACCCCAGAGCACAACGCCAGCAGAAACCUGUGAGGACAAUAAGUCUCUCGUACUGAUCUGCUUCAUUAUAAUCACGGUACUUGUGCUCAUCUGCACCUUCUUAUUUCUGUCGACCGUCGUCAUAGCAAACAAAAUGGCAUAUCUCAAAAAAACACAGCGAGGAAAACGCAGGCCCCGGAGCAACGGCGAUAUUCUGGCUCCCAACAGCCUAUGGCCAACGGCAGCAGGAACGUGGCAGAGGAUGCCCAAGGAGACAGCUGGGGCUGAGAUGACAAUGCAGGACUUGGUAUCAGGGAGAGAUGCUGCGAUCCAGAGGAAAACCAAAGAUGAAAGUACCGAGAAACUCACUAAAGAAAUAGACGAUGAACAGGAAAACAAAGAAACAAAGCCACACAAACCCAUUUUAACCAAUUUUGUAAUUGAGAUUUAA